AUGGCAGAUGAGAUCGAAUUCGAAACAUCAAGGCCACCAGUGAAGGAUAUCAUUGGGGGCGCUGGCUCGUAUGCAGCUCUAGGAGCCCGCAUCGUUGCUGGAAAAGCACAUUCAAGAUCCGUGGGCUGGAUCGUCGAUUGCGGCUCCGACUUUCCAGAAGCUGUUAGAGAUACAAUUUCAUCGUGGGAUACGCAUUGCAUCUUUCGGGAUGAUCCGAAGCGGCUUACUACAAGAGGCUGGAAUGGAUACGGUCCCAACGAGAGAAGAGAUUUCAAAUAUUUGACGCCCAAGUUACGCCUAGACCACAAUUCACUCACAAAGGCUCUCUUGUUAUCAAAAUCGUUCCACAUGGUUUGUUCAUCAUCUCGUUGUUGUGAGCUUGUCCAAGGAAUCUUAGAGAGAAGGUCCGAGGCACUCAAGGAAUCGGGACUGGAGCUCUCUAACGAAAGGCCUACCUUUGUAUGGGAGCCGGUUCCUGACAGGUGCUGUGAAGAAGAGCUACCAAAGUUCUACAACGCCAUCCGGUAUGUGAACGUGGUCAGCCCGAAUGAGAACGAACUCGCAAGAUUUUUUGGAAAGACAACAUGGAGAAAGGACGAUAGCCACGAUCGAGCAAUAGCAGAAAAUAUAGUCAGAAACGGUAUUGGUCCGGCGGGUGACGGGAUGCUUGUAAUAAGGGCCGGAAAGGACGGCUGUUACGCCUUUUCUCAACAUGGAACCCUAGAGCUGCCGGCCUUUGAGUCCGUGGAUGUAAUCGAUCCAACCGGCGCAGGUAAUACGUUCCUUGGUGCAUUGGCACAGGGCCUAGCAACCACCGGCCGUGCACCCUUUAAUCUCAUACAACAAAUGCUCCAUCACUCAAAAGCGUGGCAGGAUAUUCAAACGAUAUGGGGUGAUGACGGAAGAGCUCCUGCUGCAUUGAUCUGUGCUAUUGUUGCUGCUAGUUUUGCCAUUGAACAGAUUGGCGUUCCCAGGCUCUCAUAUUCAAGUGAGGGCCUCGAGUGUUGGAAUGGGAUAAGUUAUGCGGAACGAAUUCUCCUGUACAAGAAACAAUUCAUGGACAUGUAUGAUACAGUUUUGGAAACAUGA